UAUCUGAAGGUCACAAAAAGCUUCUUCCUUUAGAGAGGCGAAGGGGGCGGGGAGGGGGAGAAAGCGCAAGAGGGAGAGAGUGAGUUCAAGCCAAAAUGGCCGACGGAGUCUCUGCUGGGUUCUGAACAUUUAAAAUUGAAAAAAAAAACCAAACAAACAUAGAAAUCAUUUUUGGAUCUCUUUUCAUUCCCAUUUCUACCUUGUAUGCCUCAACUCGCUGGAUUUAAGCACUGCUGCACUUUAUGAGGCCAGGAGGAUCUGCAAAUCCAGCACUUCUCACUGAUAUGAGACUCUCCAAGACAGUGAAGGCAAACACCGUGCAGGUCGCUAAAGCCAGGGGAGCGGAGUAUGCACCAUCCCCAGGCUAAGUCCUUGAAGGGGACUAAUUACUGUUUACUACUAGAACAUGGAGGGAAAGGAAAACUAUUUAGAAGUGAAAAGAACGAUAACAGUAGAAAAGACUGCAGCUAAAGGCUGGAGUGAACAAUUCCAAGCACCGUCACUGGCAGCAAGAAGGAACUCAGAGAGAAGGAGCAAGAAAGGGAAGAACAGUUAAUGGAAGACAAGAAAAGGAAGAAGGAGGAUAAGAAAAAGAAGGAAUCUACUCAGAAGGUCACAGAUCAAAAAACCAAAGUGCCCGAAGUGACGAAACUAAGUUCAAGCCAGCCAGUGGCCGCCAGCCCAAUUGGCAGCUCUCCAUCGCCACCAGUCAAUGGUGGCAACAAUGCCAAAAGGGUGGCAGUGCCGAACGGACAACCGCCAAGCGCCGCCCGCUACAUGCCUCGGGAGGUGCCACCGCGAUUCCGUUGCCAGCAGGACCACAAAGUGUUACUGAAACGUGGACAGCCCCCUCCGCCAUCCUGUAUGCUGCUUGGGGGUGGGGCAGGGCCUCCUCCCUCUUCAGCCCCUGGAGCAAACCCAAACAACGCACAACCAGUGGCAGGAGUACUGCUGCAGAGUGACAGUGGGAUUGCAACAGAUUCAACAAUUGGAGGUGCUGCUGCUUCAAAUUAUGCAAAUUCCACUUGGGGUUCUGGAGCCUCCUCCAACAAUGGCACCAAUGCCAACCCAACUCACAUCUGGGACAAGGUGAUUGUAGACGGGUCUGACAUGGAAGAGUGGCCUUGUAUUGCCAGCAAAGACGCUGAGUCUUCUUCCGAAAAUACCACCGAUAAUAACAGUGCCUCAAACCCUGGCUCAGAGAAGAGCACUCUGCCAGGAAGCACCACUAGUAACAAAGGAAAAGGAAGCCAGUGUCAGUCUGGAAGUGCUGGGAACGAAUGUAAUCUUGGGGCCUGGAAAUCUGACCCCAAAGCUAAAUCUGUUCAAUCUUCCAACCCUGCUGCAGAGAGUAACAAUGGACUAGGAAAUUGGAGGAAUUUGAGUGGGCAGGACAGAAUAGUUCCUGGUUCUGGCUUCAGCAACUUUAACCCAAAUAGCAACCCAUCUGCUUGGCCAGCUCUGGUUCAAGAGGGCAAUUCUAGGAAAGGGAUUUUGGAGUCUGAUAAUGGUAACGCCAAUGCACAGAUCAGCUCAGUAGGCCAGACCUCCAGGGAACAGCAGUCAAAGAUGGAAAACGCGGGUGUUAAUUUUGUUGUCUCUGGCAGAGAACAGGCUCAAAUACAUAACACUGAUGGACCAAAAAAUGGAAACACUAACUCCUUGAACUUAAGUUCGCCAAACCUUAUGGAGAAUAAGGGAAUGCCCUUUGAAAUGGGCUUGGGGAACCCCUCCAGAAGCACUGAUGCCCCUUCACAAAGCACUGGAGAAAGAAAGGCUGGGAGUGUUGGAUCUUGGGGUACAUCUAGGGGGCCUUCUGGAACGGACACAUCUGCUGGACAAAGCAAUUCUGGAAACCAUGGGAACAAUGGAAAGGAUAGAGAGGACUCCUGGAAAGGAGUUUCUGUUCAAAAACCUAAUGGGUCAAGAAAUGAUUCUUGGGAUAACAAUAACAGGUCUUUGAGUGGUGGGUCUUGGAACUUUGGCCCUCAGCACUCAAAUGAAAACAAAUGGGGUGAAGGGAACAAAUCGGCAUCUGGGGUCUCUCAGGGAGAAUGGAAACAGCCGUCGGGGUCUGAUGAACUUAAAAUUGGAGAAUGGAGUGGUCCAAACCAACCAAAUUCUAGCACUGGAGCAUGGGACAAUCAAAAGGGCCACCCCCUUCCUGAAAACCAAGGCAAUUCCCAGGCUCCCUGUUGGGGAAGAUCUUCCAGCUCUACAGGAAGUGAAGUUGGAGGUCAAAGCACUGGAAGUAACCACAAAGCAGGAAGUAGUGACAGUCACAAUUCUGGACGCCGAUCGUACCGGCCUACACAUCCUGAUUGCCAAGCAGUCUUGCAGACUUUGCUUAGCAGGACUGAUUUGGACCCCCGUGUGCUUUCAAACACUGGCUGGGGCCAAACUCAAAUUAAGCAAGAUACAGUUUGGGAUAUUGAAGAGAUGCCAAGACCUGAGGGGAAAACUGAUAAAGGAACUGAGGGGUGGGAGAGCUCUGCUACACAGACAAAGAACUCAGGGGGCUGGGGAGAUGCACCCAGCCAAAGCAAUCAAAACAAGUCUGGAUGGGGUGAGCUCUCAACUCCCACAGAGUGGAAGGACCCCAAAAACACAGGAGGGUGGAAUGAUUAUAAGAACAACAAUUCUUCUAGUUGGGGUGGAGGAAGACCAGAAGAAAAGAAUUCUUCCUCUUGGAAUGAUAAUUCCAACAAGGAUCAAGGGUGGGGUGGACGCCAACCUAAUCAAGGAUGGUCUUCAGGAAAGAACGGUUGGGGAGAGGAUGUUGACCAAGCAAAAAACAGUAAUUGGGAAAGUGCAGGAAACAAACCAGUGUCGGGUUGGGGUGAAGGUGCACAAAAUGAGAUUGGGACUUGGGGUAAUGGUGCAAAUGCAAAUGCUGCUUCAAAGGGUGGAUGGGAUGAUUGUAAAAGAACGCCAGCAUGGAAUGAGAGUGGUCGACAGCCCAAUUCCUGGAAUAAGCAGCACCAGCAGCAGCAGCAGCAGCAGCAGGAGGCUCCGGGCUCCUGGGGUCAGCCCCCACAACCUCCGGGUAAUGGCCGACCUCCAAAUCCAAACUGGAACAGUGGGCCACAGCCAGCUGCCCCCAAGGAUGAGGAACCCAGUGGCUGGGAAGAACCUUCUCCACAAUCAAUCAGUCGGAAAAUGGAUAUUGAUGAUGGCACUUCAGCAUGGGGAGACCCUAACAGUUAUAACUACAAAAACGUGAACCUGUGGGACAAGAACUCGCAAGGGGGACAGACUCCACGAGAACAAAGCCUGCCUACUCCAAUGACUAGCAAAUCAACAGCAUCAGUCUGGAACAAAAGCACACCACCUGCUCCAGAUAAUGGUACGUCUGCCUGGGGUGAGCCAAAUGAAACCAGCCCUGGGUGGGGUGAAGUAGAUGAUACAGGAGCGUCAACAACAGGCUGGGGCAAUGCAUCCUCCAACGCCCCGAAUGCCAUGAAACCAAGUUCCAAAUCUAUGCAAGAUGGCUGGGUGGAGAAUGAUGGGCCAGUAACUGGAACACGUCAUUCAAGCUGGGAAGAGGAGGAGGAAGGAGGAGUCUGGAAUACAGCAGGCUCUCAAGGAAGCAGUUCCUCUCACAACUCAACAAACUGGGGGCAAGGAGGCAAGAAGUCCCAAAUUAAGUGUUCAUUAAAAGGAGGAAACAGUGAUUCGUGGAUGAACCCUUUAUCUAAACAAUUUUCAAAUAUGGGAUUACUAAGUCAAACUGAGGACACUCAAGGCAGUAAGAUGGACUUGUCUGUAGGUAGUCUCCCAGAUAAGAAAUUUGAGGUGGACAAACGAACCAUGAACCUCGGGGAUUUUAAUGAUAUAAUGAGAAAGGAUCGAUCUGGGUUCCGUCCUCCUAAUUCCAAAGACAUGGGAACCACAGAUAGUGGGCCUUAUUUUGAGAAGCUGACUUUGCCUUUCUCCAAUCAAGAUGGGUGCCUUGGGGAUGAGGCUCCCUGCUCUCCCUUCUCCCCUUCUCCCAGCUACAAGCUCUCUCCCUCUGGUUCCACAUUACCCAACGUCAGCCUUGGGGCAAUCGGCUCAGGGCUCAACCCCCAAAACUUCGCUACUAGACAAGCUGGCAAUCAUGGUUUAUUUGGAAACAGCACAGCACAAUCGAGGGGCAUGCAUACACCAGUGCAGCCACUAAACCCUUCUCCCAAUAUCCGGGCACAAGUGCCUCCCCAGUUUCUUUCCCCCCAGGUUUCAGCCUCCGUGCUCAAGCAGUUUCCCAAUGGUGGCCUGAACCCAGGUCUCUUCAAUAUAUCUCCUCAACAGAUUGCUAUGCUGAGUCAGCUUCCAAAUAUUCCUCAGUUUCAACUUGCAUGUCAGCUGCUUUUGCAGCAGCAGCAGCAGCAGCAGCAACAGCAGCAACAGUUAUUGCAGAACCAGAGAAAGAUAUCUCAAGCAGUGAGACAGCAGCAAGAACAACAGAUUGCUCGUAUGGUGAGUGCCCUCCAGCAGCAGCAAAGGCAGCCUGGCAUGAAGCAUUCUCCAUCCCAUCCUGUUGGGCCUAAACCACAUUUAGACAGCAUGGUACCCAAUGCUCUGAAUGUGGGUCUCUCAGAUAUACAGACCAAAGGGCAAAUACCUGGAUACAGUUCUGGCUUUGGUUCAAGUGGCAUGGAUUAUGGCAUGGUGGGAGGAAAAGAAGCCGGAUCAGAAUCUCGCUUUAAACAGUGGACUUCAAUGAUGGAAGGGCUGCCCUCCGUAGCUACACAAGAUGCCAGUAUGCACAAAAAUGGUGCAAUAGUGCCCCCUGGAAAAGCCCGUGGAGGAUCACCCUACAACCAGUUUGACAUAAUCCCAGGCGAGCCACUGGGUGGCCAUGCAGGCCCUGCUGGUGAUAGUUGGUUACCUGCCAAAUCUCCACCAACAAACAAGAUUGGAAGCAAAUCCAGCAAUGCCAGCUGGCCUCCAGAGUUCCAGCCGGGAGUUCCAUGGAAAGGUAUUCAAAACAUUGACCCUGAAUCUGACCCCUAUGUGACUCCUGGAAGUGUACUGGGGGGUACUGCAACAUCUCCCAUUGUAGAUACUGAUCACCAACUUCUGCGGGACACCACCACAGGGUCUAAUUCUUCCCUCAACACCUCGCUGCCUUCACCUGGUGCCUGGCCCUACAGUGCCUCUGACAAUUCCUUCACCAAUGUUCAUAGCACUUCAGCAAAAUUCAAUGAUUACAAAUCAACAUGGUCCCCAGAUCCCAUAGGACACAAUACUCAUCUCUCCAACAAGAUGUGGAAAAACCAUAUUUCCUCAAGGAACACUACAGGGCUGCCCCGCCCACCACCUGGCCUGACCAAUCCAAAACCAUCGUCUCCCUGGAGCAGCACAGCACCCCGAUCGGUCAGGGGGUGGGGGGCACAGGACUCAAGGCUUGCCUCUGGUGAGAAGGAUCUCCUGAUAGCAUCAUUGCUCAACCGUGAGGGGUGUGUGUUGUACAGCGCUAAUGGUGUGGAUAUGAUGCGGCCUUCACAAGAGAGGAAGUUGCGGUUGCCCGCUUCUACCUGGAGUGAUGGUGGCUCAGUUCGUCCUAGCUACUGGCUGGUUCUUCACAAUCUCACUCCACAGAUCGAUGGGUCAACCUUGAGGACGAUCUGCAUGCAGCAUGGUCCACUGCUGACAUUCCAUCUGAACCUGACCCAGGGCACCGCCCUAAUCCGAUACAGCACCAAACAGGAAGCAGCCAAGGCUCAGACUGCACUGCACAUGUGUGUGUUGGGAAACACUACCAUCCUGGCUGAAUUUGCCACAGAUGAGGAGGUUAGUCGCUUUCUGGCACAAGCUCAGCCCCCUACACCUGCAGCAACCCCAAGUGCACCUGCAGCAGGCUGGCAAUCCCUGGAGACAGGACAGAACCAGACAGAUGCAGUUGGACCUCCGUUGAAUCUUUUUGGUGGAUCAGCAGGGCUUGGGCAGUGGAGCAGCAGUGGUGGCAGCAGCAGCGGAGGUGAUCUUUCUGGCGCUUCAUUGUGGGGGCCCCCAAACUAUUCUUCAAGCUUGUGGGGGGUUCCAAGUGUAGAAGAUCCCCACAGAAUGGGCAGUCCUGCUCCCUUACUACCUGGAGACCUUCUGGGAGGAGGGUCGGAUUCAAUCUGAACUUAGAACUUUCAACUCUGACCUCGUGACCUUUUUUGGAACAGCAGCAGCACUAACUUGACCUUUUCGUUUUUUUUUCAACUUGCAAUAAAUACAUUUUUAAAAGGAAAAAAGAAAACGGAGAGAGAAAAAAAGGUGGGUCAUUGACAGACUGUCUGAGCACAUAGUUGCCUCCCUUAUAUAACUUCAGUUUUUUUGUUUGGAAUAUGAAUCCAAAAAGAGAACAUAUCACUCUUGAAAUACUUGAAUCAUGAACGCCAACUUUAGAAAGACAAUGUGAAGCAAGUACACAUACCAUUUAAAUUUAAACACAAAAAAUUAAAAAAAUUAGUUUCUAGUUUUUCACUUUUUCAUGUUAUACGGAAGUUGUUGCUAAGAAACAUAUAUACUGAAAAAAUAGCUUUUUAACUUUGUUUGCACUGGGUGUGUUUCCGUCCUUAGGUCUACCGUGUUGGGUGGGGCUAGGGGUGGGGUUCAAAAGAAUUGCAAGGGUGGGGGGAGGGGAAGACUUGACGGAGCCUCACUUUAAAAACAAAAAAAAAAUUGAAAAAAAAAAACAAAAACAAAAAACCCCCAACACUUUGUGAUUGGCUGGUUGAUAAAUACCAGUGUGUUCUGGCACAUGUAACUGCCCAUAUGUGCUUAUUUCUGGUAAGUUUGCAUUUUCUCCCUCUCUCUCUUGCUGUCUCAUAAUGCUGCAUUGCUGAUGGGUCUGUGGGCUGUCUGUCUGUCUGAGUGUCUUGGUUCUGAAAACAAGACAAGAAUGGGGGAGUCCCAGUGGCUGAAUCAAAAUUUUCUUGGGCUGGAUUAAAAUUUGUCAAGUCUUUGUUUUGUUUUUUAAUUAAUUUUAGUAGGGUGCUAAUUCAAGUGUGCAGAUCAUAUUGAAUGUGGUUUGUUGCUUCUAAACCCUUGUUCUGACCCUGUGGUAGAGCAAAACACUGCCAUGUCUGAAGGAUUUGUCGAGAAGAGGAGCCAGUGUUGUCUUUUGAGUAGCAGUGUAUUUAUUUAUUUAUGUCUGCAUGUGGGGGUUUUGUGAGUAAACCCUAGAAUGUUUGUUUUAUAAUGAAAGCCAUUCUUUAUUCUUCUGUGGAGGGUAAACCAGAAAAUAGAAGACAUCACAUUUGUAAGUGGCUAAGACCAAUGUUCUUAUCUAGUUCCUUGCAGUCUACAGCACCUUUAAAAAAAAUUAGUCUCACCCCUCCCCCAAUUGUAUUUAUGUAUCCAUGUCCAUUCAUGAAGUAUUCAUCAAAACCCUGAAAUUCCAGCCCAACCAACAUUAUUCUCUUAAUUGAUUUACUGUUUAUAUUAAAACUGACAAAACUAAGUGGUGUCAGCAGUUUGCUGGCCUAUCUGCCUCAUCUCCUGAAAGCACAUGCAGCUAACUCCUUUCUGCAUCCCUCCUGAAGAGUGUUACCUGUGCCAGGGCUUGGUGUAUUACCGCACCAGACCAUCACUGACAGAAACGUUUACUUACGAAUGUUCUUAAACCAGUGUGUACUUCAAAUGUUUCCUUUUGUUUCUCUGUGUUGUGUUUUUUCCUGUGUAUGUGGUUUUGCUUAGGCAGGUAUAUAACUAGCAAAAACUUUUUUUUAAAGUAUUGCACCUUUUUUGUUUUUGUUUAUAUUCUUUCUGUACUGUUGCUUUUUAAUUUCCAUAUUUAACGAAAGAUGCGGGGGGGGAGGGGAUUUUUUGAGCAUCAGUGUAGUAAUACUCUUGGCAGAAUGGGCAUGACCUAUAAUCCACAGUGAUAGCCAUUGUCUGUGCUGGGAACAAAACUUACAACACUGCUUGUUGUGGAAAGAGCUGUAGUAAACUUGAAGGGACAUCUUUUUACACAAUGCAGGGGAGAUUUUGUGGCUGCAGGGAGAAGAGGAAAGAGAGAUGCCUGUACUCUUCUCAAAGUGCCACCACUAGUGUGAUGGUGUCAAGCUCUGUGUUAUACUAUUUAACAUAAAGUGCUGACAUUCUGUACCAGCAAAAAACUACCCAUUCCAGCAGUGAAUGGGAGUGUACCUCUGUUGUCCUAAUUAACUGUAGGAGGUGGGGAGGAAAGGGGAAUCUUUGUUUUGCAUAUUCACUGAAGGAUACAGUAGUGUCUAAGUGUAAUGUAUUUAAUAACUCUUUAAGCAUGGUGGGAGUGGAAAAGGCAAACUCAAAGUGUGUGUGUGUGUGUGUGUGUUUGUGAAUGUGUACGGAGAGAGGUCAUGGGAAUUCUGUGGCUUUUUAAUUGCCAUAUCUGUGUAAAACCAGUGUCACAUGGAAGGCUGACUGAGGGGGAUGCUGCAUCUGCAUAUGCUUAUAGAUUCACAUGCUAGGCAUUAUGUGAGGAAAAAUGGGUGUGUGUGUGUGUGUGUGUGUGUGUGUGUGUAAGUAUAAACUGGAGUCUGCAGCAUAAUAUCUGGCUCUUUUUGAAUAUUCUUUUUUUUUUCAUUUGUUAUUUAAUUUUUUUACUAUGCCCUCUCCUCCAUCCCACCAUACACAUUGAAACAAAAUGUUUUUCUUCCAUCUCCUAUCAGGUAGGUUUGUUCCCUCCUCCCCCCAGGCAGAGUUGUAUUGUCUCUGAUAGCCUCAAUAUGAAGACCAGCCAUGAGCAGAGAUGCAGGACAGAUAAAAAGCCCUGUGCCAGCAGUACUUUCCAGUCGAGCACCUAUGAUGGCCUGAGUAAGACAGUAUACAUUCUGUCAUGUGACUUGCCCAUGCUGGUUCACUGCUGUGUUCCCCACCCCUUCACUUCUCUCUCCCAAACUGCCCUAAGGUCCCUUUACCUGCACUUUGGGUUAGUUGAGUUCAUUGCGAUACUACGGUGAAAGCCGGGUGCUAGAACCCCUCUUGUUUACAAGACAUAAUGAGGGAUCUGAAAUAUUUAAAAAUGAAAAGCUAAAAAUGUUCUUCCAUCGUAAACUUAAAGAGAAAAAAAUUAAAACUUACACAAAAAAAAAGACCAAAAAGUGCACGCAUGCAUGCAUGCAUAUAUAUUAGAUGAAGACUAACUCUGGGAGCAUUUAACAGUGUUUUUUUGUUUGUUUUAACCUUUUUUCCUGCUUUAAAUUUGCAAGCUUUCUCAGGAAUUCUAGGGUAGGAAGCCAGUUUUUGAAGAUAGUGUAUUAAACCUUAUCUUAUCCUAGAUAGAUGGCUGUUUCUUUCCUGUUGAUAAACUUUUACAAGUUUCUGAAUCUUCAAAAACUUUGAAAGAUUUUACUUAAAAAAAUUAAAAAAGCAGAAAAAUCUUCAAAUGUUACUGUUAUAACUGGGGAUCAAGCAUUUUCAAGACUGUAACAAUAAUAAUUAUAACAAAUUCAGUAGCAGCAACAGAAAUUCAUUGUAAUCUUAAAAACCAAGUUGUUGGAGAAGAAAGGUUAUUCUUUGUAGAGCUUUGUAAAUCUGAUGUGGGAGCAUGUACGCGGGGAGAGAAAUGUCUGAGUGGAAAUACAAUCACUUAGUUCUUUUGCAAUGAAAAUUAGACUGAAAUAUUCCUCCAAGCACCUUUUUUUAAAAAAAAAAUAAGACUGUAAAUCUUAACCCGUACCUGUGGAAUAUCCUAGCAAUUGAACAGUUUUAUCUUGUCUCCUUUUUAAUACAGAAAAUGAGCAAGAGCGGGGAGAAUAUGAAAGUUUGUGGGAUGUAAUUUAGAGAACAAAAGUGAUUAUUUUAAGUUUCCAUCUACCCCCUAAUCAAUGUUAAUCCCCGUUAUGGAGAUUUGCUGCUUGCUUUUCUACAUCUCUCAUCCAGAAAUGUACUUUUAUUUUAGGGUGGGGUGGGUUUUUUUUAGGGAAGUAUUUAAGCUCUUCUGCUGACCCCACUGGUGCCAGCUGUCAGGACUCCCAGCUUUGAGAGUGACAUUUCUGAUCUCUGUGUUGGGAUGGAUAAACUCCUACCUCCCACUAGUAGGGAAGAGGGGCCUAAUCUGCCUGAAGUUAGGCUGAAACCACAAGCCAUUUUAGUGCCUUUGUAAUACACCCACACAUUCUGCAAAAGGAGGCAUAUGUAGUCCACGCACUCAAUGGAAAUAAAUGCACCUGCUGUGAAAACAGAAAAUGAGCCUGCCAGAAAGGCAUGACAUGCAGUGAGUUACAUAACAGACAAUUUUUUUUUAUUUGAAAAAUCAAAUGCCAAGUUCCUCUCCUGUAACUUCAGAAGUGCUUGUUUUUGUGUUGCAUUCUUCCUGCAUGUGUGUGAAUGCAAGUAUGUUAAAAACAAUACACCAUGUUAAUUUGGAAAAUUGUGAUAUGACUGGCCAAUGGAGAGGGAUUCUUUUGUUUAUUUUUAUUUUUGUAAAUUGAGGAGGUAUUUAUUUGUAUGCUUUUCCAGAGGCAGUGCUUUAUCAAUUUGUAGUGUCUUAAUAACAGAAAACAGUAGGACUUGUUGAAAAACAAUGCAAUGCCUUUGCUGCAGUCCCUUGGCAACAGCCAUGGCUGACUACUAAGAGAUUAGAGCACUGAAUCUUUGUGUCAUUUUAUAAGAGCAUCCUUCCCCUCUCCAAAAACACCCCAAUUCCUGAAGUCUGUGUAGACUUUUUCUUAGGCACUUCUGUCUUGAAUCGUCAAUUGAUAAGUUGCUUGAAAGAGCUUAAUGCCUCCCAUUUCCCAGUUUGAAAAAAAAAAUAGUUGCUAGUUUCAUUACUGUCCAAAUUUAUAGUGGAAAACAUACAGAUAAUCACUGUGUCAUCAGAUUGGUUCUAUAAUGGAUUUCCUGACCGUUAUGAAAAAUAAAUUUGGAAGCCCAUGCUAGCAGACAGCACUCUUCUAUAGGCCAAAUAUGGCUUGUGUUUCUCAAACAAACAGUUCUAUUGAUGUCAGUGCAUGAAAAAGACAAGCAAGAUAUGUUAUGGGGUAGGUGUGUUGAGAGAACACAUUUGUGACUGUCCUGGACAGGAAAAAUAUGCUAAUUGCUGCCAGCAUUGUUUUACAUGAACAUCAUAAAAGAAAAUCUAGGAAAAGUUUCUGAGGUGGAGAGGCCCACAUCUUAGAAUAGAUUAUGAACCUCUGCUUCUAUUUCGGGUCAAAUUUCAAGUCUUUCCUGUUAAUCUCAAAAAUACAUCUUCAGCUACCCAAGAUGUUCAUGAAGAAACAAAGAAUGCACUUUGUAGCUGUUCUGUUCUUGAUUCUUACUUUUCAUGGCCAUAUAAUCUCAGCACCUACAUGUCUCAAUUAUUAUUCCUUUCUUCCUGAUUUCCUGUCUCCUUUUAUUAAUCCUCAACUAUUUAAUUUGUUAAUUACAUUUUAGUGUUUUUAUUUCUUUUUACAUUUUAUUUUCUAUAAAUCCUGCUUCAGUACCAACUGCUUUCCCCCUCUCCCAAAUGUUGCUUGAAUUGUCUGUAGGUUUACUCUCUGAAUUAGAUGGGUUUGAUCUUUUCUGCCUCUCUCCCUGAUGCCAUAGUAACUUUUAAUGAAGUGAUAGUGAGCAUUUCUGGCAAGAAAAACAAGAAACAAAAUCAAAGAAAGUUUUAAAAUCUAACACAAUUCCAGUGGAAAGUAGAUUAAAUUUCUUGAACUAGAUGCCCUUUGGGAAGCCUUUUAGUCCUUUCCAAUAAGCCUGUGCUUUUUCUGGACACUUUCCCAUGAAUGCUGAGGAAUCAAAUGGUAUGACCUUUUUCUUAGAUUUUGGCUUCCUGGUGUUCAGAUUAAACCAACUGAAGAAUUUAUAUAUUGAACGGAGAUCUUACACCAAACAUGCUUCACUCUGAAGUAUAAACAAAAUAUUUUCAGUAGACUCCAUUAUUAGAGAACAAUUUAACCUUUGUAUUAAGUUGACCUAUUUUUUUAAUUCAUCUUGAAGCUUUUAAAAAAUUAGUACAUUAGAAAUCUAGAUAUUUCUACGUAAUAUUUUUUUUCAUUGCAGGAAUUUGAACCAGUAAAGGUUUCAGGUGUAAUACUUUGUAAAGGCCAAGUUUUUAUUAGUGUGUGCUCUUCUUCCUCAUUAAAUGCUGCCACAUCUCUUCUGUUCAUGCCUUGAUUGUAGAAUAAUCAUUUUCUGCUUCAUCCCUCAGCUGCCUUUCCCUCUUCCUGGAUCUGAUUUUGACUCUUGCAUGUGAAUCUCCUGCUGACUUUAAUGGGGGCCCAGUAUGUACCUCUGAGAUCCAAAUUUGGCCCUCUGGACCAGAUCUUGGAAACCAUUGUAGGAGUAAUCCUUACUCUCACAAGUUUGUGCCACUGAUUUGAAUGAGUAAGUGCAACUCAUAGGAGUAAGGGCUAUUAGUAUAAGUCAGAGGUUGCAGGACAAGGAUUUAAUAUUAUAGCCGGGACACUAUAGUGUACCAGUACAACCAGGAACACCUGCAUGUCCAUGCAUAUAUUAAAUUCACUGUAAACUGUGUGACUUCAACAUCCAGGACUUCUCCAGUGUUCUGAGAUGCACUUACAGUGCUUGGCACAUAGUCUCUCAGGAUAUGAAGUCCUGAUUGACUUAGGUGGAAGUUAGAUUUUUUUUUACUUGAGAAAAAUUCCAUUAUAGCAGGGAUGGAUGUCUCCUUAACUGUAAAUAUGCAAAAUAAUAAUGCAGUAAAUAGUCCCAAAAUGGAAAGUUUAAAUGAUGUAUAAGAAACUUGCUGUCAGAAGAAUUUAAUUUUAUCAAGACUGAGUUUUGUCUUGUAGUUAAAGCAGCAUAUGCAGAACCUGUAGCCUUUUUUAAAAUUUUUCAAAAAAGAAAAAAAAAUCCCACUGUUAAUGUUCAUAACAUUGAGAGUCCAGCAUAGAUGGGCCACCUGCUGCCUCUGGCAUUUUAAGCAUCAUAUUGAUUAUACCUACUCUGAACAGACUAUAGAUGACAAGAUGCUGCCAACUCCAGAAGUCUGCCAACACUAAGGUUCCUUGUGUGGUUGUCCAGGUAUUAAUAAUGAGAAACUUCUGCCGAAUUUUUCUAGUGUAUACAAAAGCUAUGCCCAUCUAUCCUGGUGUUACAGCAGAGCUUAAAAUACAAAUAAACAGAGCUUAAAUCCUUGCAGCUAACUGGAGUUUGUGGAUAGGACUAAAGUGUGUUAGAUAGGGGCUAACUUUUAAGGACUGUUCUAAUAAUGUUUGUCUCCUCUACAUUCUGCAAAAAUAUCCACCAUUGCAUAUACCAGCACAAAUGAACUUGUAUUACCAAUAGUAAAGAAAUGUUGGCAAAAUUUCUCUAAAGUAGAUAAGUAGGUAAGUUUAAUCCUUUUAACAUUGACUGGCCAGGCUCUAGUAGAACUCUGUCCACAAUAAAAUCCUCAAUGCUGGUAUUUAAAACUCAGUGGACCUCUUUGCAACAUAGUUUGGUUUGUGAUGCACAUUGAACUUCAGCCAUGUUCUGUAGUUGGCUAGAACUUUGGAUGAGUUUUCGUCCCAUUAUGGAAAAUGAUUAAAAUUCCACCUGUGCCACAGAAGUGUUCUAAUGGUCUGCACAUGUGUAGGGCUCUAAGCCUAUUUUUAAACUGUGUUGUCAGGCCAGUGUAGAUGUAACCUAAUAUAAGGCAUGCAAUAAAGCAACAUUCACAUGCUUCCACAGUUUGUGUGUUGCUUUUUAUAAAGAUAUGCAGGAAAGUUUCUCUGAAAACCUCUCAGAACCCUAGGUUGUGAAAAGAGCAUCUUGCAAACUAAGUGCCCUCCGCAAAGAGCCGUUUCCCACUGUGCAUGCGGCAAUCAGUAAUGGGAACAUCGAGCAGUGUUAAAAGCUUGUGAAAUUUUAAUUUUUUUCUUAACCAGAGUUGAAAUAAUUUUUACUUGACCCUAAAAACCAUUCUUAUAAACACAAAACAGUGCACUCGAGAUAAAAUGGUGGAAAGCUUUGUGCCAGGCUGUGUCUGAGUAUUCUUUGUGGCACAUUCUCUUGGCUAUUUGGAGGGCAGAGGGAGAAGAGAGGAGAUGGGAAGAUUUUUCAUGGACAAACAAGAGGCAGGGAGUGUUUAGCAAGAAGUGUUUCUUUUUAAACACUUAAUGCCUCAUCUUAGGUAUUAAAGUACAAAUCAGUGCAUUCAAAUAAUAAAAAUUGUCAUUUUUUAACUUUUUAACCAUGACAAAUAAAUGGAAGUUUCUCUCACAUUGUAGAUUAAAAUAAGCUUAGAUGAACAUAGUUCUUUCUCAAUACUAAUGUUAAUCAGCAGGAGCAGGUGGCAGAACUUUCUGGAAAUAGCUAUUUUAGUGACAUGGUUGUGAUAUUAAGUGCUUUUCUUCCUUUUCCCUUCCCCUUCUAGAAUCGGCUCACCCUUCUUAUAUAAGGUGUUGAAUGUUUUGUGUUUCUGGGGGGGGGGGGAGGAGGAAGAGAGUGAAAAGGGAGCCAAGGUAGAACAGCCUUACAUUAGAGGGUAGCCUUACAACAGAGCUUUAUAGUGGGGGUGUGCUGUAUUCCAAAACAUGUAAGCCAAAAAUGGGGGAAAGCAUUAAUUUAUGCAACAAGAAAAAAGGGGUCUUUGAAAACUUCUUUAAUAAAUAUGUACCUUCUGAAGGUAAAAAGUGGGGUCUCACCAAGUGAUAUGUGAUGUUUCUUGCUGGGUCAGUAGGGUUGAAUUGGGGUAUAAGCGCUUAACAUUUUUCCCCUCUUUGUUGCUUUUACAAGCAGUAACUUAAAUGUGGUAUUUAUGAAUGUGCCUUUGUGAGUACAGUGACUAAGGAGACUACUUGGGCUGGAGUAGGGUGACAAUGGUCAAUUCAUUCUUUCAAGAGGUCAAAUAAAGAUGCCAUCCCAUUGGUCCCUUUCAAUGAGAAUCAUCUUUGAGCUAGUCUCUACACUGCACAGUAAGUAAUCAUAAGUGAUUAAGAGGUUUGGGGAUUGGAAAGAGACAUGACAUGAUGCACAGAAGCUGUUGGUAGUUAGUCUGCCGUUGCAGGUUGAAUUUAUAUUUGUAUUAUGUAGCUUCUCUUUUGUGUGUGUAGCUUGCUUUAAUUUUUUGUAAGCACUGGAGAAGUGAAACUCAGUGAUGUUUGAGACACAUUUAUGCAUGUAGAGAAGAAAUUUUGUAGCUUCUGCCAUUUGUGGGUAUAGGCACACUUGUAUCCUUUCUUUCCAUGUCCUAAUGAGAGAAACAGGAAAAUUAUAUUUUUUUCAACCCUUUAACUUCCAGCACAUUAAACGUUGCCAUUUAAAUUAACAGGGUAUUAUAAGAAUAAAAAAAUUAGAAAUGGUGAGGUAGAAGUGUUUAAAAAAGAAAAGAAAAAAGUCUGAAGUAAUUUUUUUCUUCAAAGCUGUUUGUAGCUAAACAUGGGAAUCUGCAGUGUCUCCUUCCAUUUGUUUUUCCCUAUUAUUCCACCUUUUCACCCCAAAUCUGAGGUGUGCAAGAGCUGUUGUAUUAGCCCCCUUCAGUCCUCACCCCAAAAAGAAACUCUUAGUGGGACCCUACAGCUCUAUUCAGGAAGACAAAGGGAGGAGAGACAUUGCAGCUUUCUUUGCUUCGCUCUCAUUCCUCUCUAAUGGCCUUGAAAUGUAUUAUUAUGCAAAUGUGAAUUUUGAUACUGAACUUAAGAAGAGGUUUUUUUUUUCUUUUUAAAAAAAAGGUCCCAUAUGUGGUCAGCAUUGCUUCUUUAUUUUGUAAGUGAAUUGUAAACUAUGCAUUCUGCUGGGAGGACAUGGGGGAAGAAGAGGUAGCUCUGCUAGACUUUUCAGCAGUUUCUGUGUCCAUGGUGCAUACAUGUUAGGUGUGGAGGGAAGGAGAGAGUGAGAGUGCUGACUUCCAAAGAGAAGGACUCCUCCUAAAUUGGGGAUUUUGUUAGCUUGACAGUUUAAGAAUUCAAUUAACAUUUAUUCCAAAAUCUAACCCAAAAUAUUCUGCAGGAUUGUGAAUUCUAGCCAUGCAGUGUUAACCAAGGGCCAAUAGUGUGACAUGAAACCCAGCUUUCCCUGGGAAACUAUGUGACCACCUCCUGUGUUAGGGCCCCUUUCAAGCUCAGGAAACAGAGUGCCUCAGGCACUGUCUUUUGGGAUGUAUCUAGUCACUCUCCAUUAAAAUAGUCAUUCUCUCAGGAGAAUUGGAACAGAACCUUCCCUUACUCAAAAAGUGUAUACAUUAAACUUUUCCUAAAAUAGCCACUAUUGCUAUCUGUAAUGCAGCUCUGAUGUGUGGUAGCACUAUUAAAGAUAGAGUACUCUAUUUAUCUUCUAGCCCUAAACAGGUGUAGGAGAACUUGGCAGUUAAAACACUAGCUACUGCCAAAGCCUUGUCUAUAGUAGUACUACUAGUGGAGAUGUAGCAGUGGUGGUGAUAGUGAGAAAAUUUUAGGGAACAAAGACUAGUGUAGAGAACACCAUCCAAAUAAAAGAAAUUAUCCUUGUGUACUGGAAAGUGGCUGCUGUCCCAAUGGGUAAAAGAGGAUUCACUUCUCACUCCCAAAAUGCACAUUUACCUAGAGCUCAGUGGGCUUCUUGGAGUGGUCUCUUUGUGGGGGAAAAAAAUAAAAAUCUAACUCUAACUGCCCUGUUCUUGUCUCAAUAGGAGCCUUGUGUUGACUUGACUUUCCCUUACCCAUGGUGAACCAUGGUACCUGCAUUACCCUUGGCAUUAUCUUAGAUAACAGUAUCAUAACUGAGGGAUUAUCCUGCCUGUAUUCAGUGUUUUUCAUGCAGCAAUUUUAUUUUUUGUUGACGUUCACAGUACUGUAAUGAGUAAUAGACUUGAUGAUGACACUCUCCUCACAUCUGUGCCUGCCUUACAGAUGUGAUCUUAUCAGGGUUCCACUCUGUUGGAUUGCCUUUUAAACAUAAAAACAUCCUGAAGUUUCAAUUCUUCAUCACAAAAUACCUCAUGGUACAUUUCCUUUUAAACAUUGCUUAAACCCUGUGUUCUCUUCCAGCUUUGGUGAGCUUAUCUGCUUCUUGGAUCUUCCCAAGCUCCUGAAACUCUGAGUUUCAGUUGUGGCCCUUAUUUUUUCUCCUUAGCCUUGGGCAAGUCAUUUAAUUUCUGUGUUUCCAUUUUUUUCAUCUGUAUAUUGGGGAUACUAAUACUUACCUACCUCCCAGGGGUUUUGUGAGGAUCAACUAGUUCUUGUCUAUAAAGUGCAUUGAAGAUGAAAAGCACUAUAUAAGUAUUAUGAAUUUAAACAGCCACAUAACUCAUUCUUAACAUUGUUUGAGGUAGGAGGGGGGAAUCUAUAAUACUUCUAAAUUUACGACAUCAAAAAAAUCUAGACCUUAAAUGACUUAGCUAAGCAGAAGUAAAUGGAGAGCUUAAACCAUCCUUACUGCUUGCUUUCUCCUUUCCCUCUAUGUUGGUCUUCUCUCCUGCAUUUUAUAUGCAGUAAUACCUUUUUUGCAGUAGGUCACAAGCCCAUUCUUUUUAAGCAGACAUUGGAGCUGGUUGGAUUGAUGUACUUGCAACUUUCCUCCUCUUCCUUACCAAAUCUCUAAAUUGGAUGCAAUGUGUUAUUUUUUUCUUUGACUUUAAACAAACAUUGGCUAGUGAAGUGUCAUCCCGCCAUGGACGCAUCUCUUCCUGUCUUCAGGAAGGGAGGAGUAUCUUAUAGAUCUGAUGGGGAUUGUAAAAUGAAGAGUCAUGUUCCUAAUGCUGCUCCAGGAAUAGAGGACAGUGUAGCUCCCUGCUUCCUUCCCUGAAUUAAUUUAUAAAAGUGUUGUUAUAUUGACACUUCAAAUAAAGUGUCACCUUGUCCCUAAUACAAGAAGCCAUCAUAUACCAAUAGUACAUAGAAACAGAGGAAAUGACAUUCAGUAGUAGUAGAUGCUGCUUUUUUAUAUGCCUUACAGCUCACCCAGAAUCUCUGAGAGGGUGGUGGGGUAAGAGGUCUUUGUUGGGUAAAUCCCACAGCUGUCAGGGAACCUCUGAUACUUUCUCCCUCUCCAAUCAUGUUAUGGUCAGUUUCUUCUCUCUUGGACAAGUGUCUCAGGGAUGUGCAUAUGAGCCCAUGCCUUUGGAAUUUGGUCUUGGAAAUCUAGAAAUUUGGCUUCAAUUCUGAAUUUGAAGCCUUCCUUUCUGACACUUCACUGGCCCUUUCUGUCCAUUGCAGUGCUCCCUGUGGCCUUAGGAUUAUCUCUCUACUGCUUCCAUAUGUCAUUGCCUCCACCUCUGUCAGCAUGCAAUGAAAUCUGUCUAGUGAUUCCAUAGAGAACAAAACCAAAAUGAUGCAUGGGCAGCCCUAAAGCUUGUGCACAAUUGCAAUGUUCCUGAGGUGCAGAAUAUCUAACAGAUGUGUUAUUCUUUCCUUUCUAUACAGAAAACAGAACAGACAUUGCAUAGUUCUGCUGAUGGUAACUCUGCACUGUUUACUUUUUAAUUAAAUGUUAUGUCUUUUCCCAAAAGAACCAAAUACAUACCAAAAGCAACCUUUUGGUGGGAGGGUGGCACAGGUGGUGAAGAAAGCAAUGGUGGGGAGGAGUUCUGAACUAUUUUAGUUUCCACUAUUUGGAUGGAAACAUGAAAUGCUGCUUUGAAAUCCACAGACCUAAGGAGCUAUGUUUACAAAGACAAAUGCUUUCUACCUGAUCAGGAAACUGGCUGAUGGUGGGCAUCAGAGGGUUAGUGAGGUUUUCCUCAUUGCUAACAGUCAAGUCAGGUAAUGGGGGAGGAAGUGUGUCUUGAGGAGGAGUGGAGGAAGAGGUUAAUUUAAUCUAGCCUUGUUUGUAAAAUAGUUCCCCCUUCCUCUCUCCUUCCUUUAAAAAAAAUAAGUGCAGAGUGGAUAAUCACUUAUGUCUGAAACUGCUGGAUUAGAAAAGGCAGCUUUCCUACUUUGCACAUGAAUGAGGUAACAGAAAGGUACAGCUGAAGCCCUCUUGCAGAAACACUGUCCCCCCUGAGCAGACAUUGUAAUAAAUAAGAAUAGUAGGUGCAUGUAUUGAUGCUCUUUGAAAGUUACCUAUGAGUGUUUUUUCUUAUACUUGAAAUAGCUUUCUUUAGUAAACUUUUAAUUCUGAUUUCUUCCUGCCCUCCCCCUAAAUGGGCAGCAGAGAAAGCAGACACAGGACAAGGGAGAAUAGAGAAGAGGUUAACACAACUACUUAUGCCCAGGUUUCAUCUUAAUUCCUAUCCAUAUACCCUGGUGUUUGAUCUUGCUUUCUAGCCUAGUGGUUUUCCAUGGACACAGAAACUCAGCACUUUAACAGGUGCUUUUGUAUGGCAGGCUGCCCCCCUUCUCCUCCUCUUCUGUAUUUUUAUUUUACUUUUAGUAUAGUGGUACUUAAAAUCACUGGUUCACUUAAAAACAAUAAAAUGUUUAAACUCUACUAAUGUACAAAUAAGCUGAAAUGUUGCAUUUUAUGUGUAUUUUUGCCAUAGCAGGUACUGUAUUUCUCAUGCUGGAUUUAAAAAAAACAAAAGGGUGAUGUUUUAUUGGAGUGUGACAAAUUAAGAGUAAUAAGGAAUUAAGUCGUCGUCAUUUCAUUGAAACUGAGAGAUGGUGUAAUACAUAAGUUUUCUGAAGGUUUUUGGGCUUUUAAACAGCUUUUGUUUUUAUUUUAUUUUUAUGUUUUUUAAAGAUAUGAUUGUAUUAUGUGCAACUCAGUUGCUUACAUUAUAACUACAAAAUAUUUUUGGGUUCCUGGAAAAAGAGACUAAUAAAUGUGUUUGGCUGCUAAGCAUUUAA